AAAAAGUUAGAAACUUUGGAUUUAAGUGAUGGGAGAUGUUUGUAGGUAUGCAGUUGUUACAGGAGCAAACAAGGGAAUUGGCUUCGAGACUGUCAAGCAGCUUGCAAAAACAGGUGUAACGGUUGUCUUAACAGCCAGAAAUGAAAAGAGGGGAAUGGAAGCAACAUCCUUGCUGAAUGAACAAGGACUUUCAAAUGUUGUGUUUCAUCAGCUUGAUGUUCAAGAUGCUCGGAGCAUUGAGUCCUUAGCGAAGUUCAUACAAACACAAUAUGGGAGGCUUGAUAUUCUGGUAAAUAAUGCUGGAGCUUCUGGAGUUGUAGUUGAUGAAGAUGUUCUAAGGGCCUUGAAUGUAGAUCCUGAAGACUGGUUAGCAGGGAAAGCUAUCAAUGUCAUUCAAGUUGCGAUGAAAACAACUUAUGGGAGUGCCAAAUUAUGCUUGGACACUAAUUACUAUGGUUUUUGCACGGAUUGCCCCUAUUUCGGGGUGAUCGUUCUAAUGCAGCGAGUACCAAACGAGGAGAGGAGAAAGGAGCUAGGAGAUGUUGAAAACCUCACAGAAGAUAAAAUCGACAAGAUUCUGCAGAAUUUUUUGCAUGAUCUGAAACAAGAUGCUCUCGAGGUGAACGGUUGGCAGAUGAUGCUACCAGCAUAUAGCAUAUCAAAAGUCUCACUCAAUGCUUACACUCGAAUUCUUGCCAGAAAGUACCCGAAAAUGUGUAUCAAUUGUGUCCAUCCUGGAUACGUCAACACGGAUAUAAACUGGCAUACAGGAACAAUGCCUGUCGAAGAAGGAGCUGAAGGAUCUGUCAUGCUAGCUCUUUUGCCUGAUGAAGGACCUACUGGUUGCUACUUUGAUCGUACAGUAGUUGACGAGUUUUAGAUAUAACAAUAACUAUGCCUCAGUCCCAAACAAGUUGGGGUCAGUCACGACGUUUUAGAUAUAACAAUAACUACGCCUCAGUCCCAAACAAGUUGGGGUCAGUUGCGAUGUUUUAGAUCAAGUAGUGAAAUAAGACUAUUUCUUUCAGUGUCUCUUGGCAUUAGGUUGAAUUUCUGAGCUUGGUUGGUGUUCUAUUGGUUGAUUUAGUAAUUGAAACAAUGAGGGAAGCAAAGGAUAAUAUAAUCUAGUAAUGUGUUGUAUUGUAUCAUACUGUAAUGUUUUAAUGA